GAGGACGAGGAGGGAGGCUGCUCUCUGAUGUGCAUGCGUUUCACUGUUCACUGGCGCCGUGACGAUUAAGCAGGCAGCGGACAAGGAUGCUCUGUUGUUCGGUGCGCACUCGCCUGUCUCCAUCAGCUCUCCACGAUCACCAUGGAAGGAGAGCUUAAUUAAUGCACGCAGGGCUGUGAGUGUGUGUGUGCGUGCGUGCGUGCGUGUGUGUGUGUGUGUGUUUGUGUUUUUUUUUAGUGUAUGUGUGUGUGUGUGUAUAAUAUGUGUGUGUAUGUGUGUGUAUCGCCUGCUCCUGGAGCUCAAUGAAUCUCCGGAGCGGAGCUGCGUUUCUGCCACAGCCUGAAGCUCUGGAGCCGGAGAGGACACAGCAUCCCGAGGUCUCCUGGAAAAACAGAGGCAAAGUAUGCCAGCAGCACCAGAGUCGCUCUGCCUGGUGAACAGCCAGCUCGUCGGUCGGACUACUCUGCCCUACUCUAGCCUCCUUCUCCACCCUGGCAGAUCCAUGCUGCUGGAUGCUUCUCACAGAGCCACUUCCACACCAUGAGCGCCAACGGGCCUGCCCCAGCCCCAGCCCCCACGGCCCCAGAAGCCCAUCCUACCUCUACUCCCGCCCCCGCUCCUCCCGCCCCUGCCCCCGCUGCACCGCCCGCUCCUCCUGCCCCACCUGCCCCAGCGUCCACUACUAUCCCAGUAGGUGCGUUGGCACAGAAGAAGCGGCAGCAGUAUGCCAAAAGCAAAAAACAGGGCAGUAAUGCCAACAGCAGACCACCGAGGGCUCUGUUCUGCCUCAAGCUCAACAACCCCAUACGCAGGGCCUGCAUCAGCCUGGUGGAGUGGAAGCCAUUUGAUAUCUUUAUAUUAAUUGCUAUUUUUGCCAACUGUAUGGCCUUAGCUGUGUACGUCCCCUUCCCUGAAGAUGAUUCCAACUCCACAAACCAUGACCUGGAAACAGUCGAGUAUGCCUUCCUCAUCAUUUUCACUAUUGAGACCUUUCUGAAAAUUAUUGCCUAUGGUCUGGUGAUGCACCAGAACGCAUACGUGAGAAACGGUUGGAACAUGCUGGAUUUCGUCAUUGUCGUCAUAGGACUCUUCAGUGUUGCUUUGGAGCUUUUGACCAAAGAAGAGAAGGAAGAAGCUGAGGGAGAAGUUCCCCAUCCGUCGAUGCACGGACAUGGAGGCAAACCAGGUGGAUUUGACGUCAAAGCCCUCCGAGCCUUCCGUGUGCUGCGACCCCUGCGGCUGGUCUCAGGAGUACCCAGUUUACAAGUGGUGUUGAACUCCAUUAUUAAAGCCAUGGUCCCUCUUCUUCAUAUUGCCCUCCUGGUCUUGUUUGUCAUCAUCAUCUAUGCUAUCAUCGGCCUGGAGCUUUUCAUCGGCAAAAUGCAUGCUACCUGCUAUGUGGCUGGAUCAGAUGCGAUAACAGAGGAAGAAUCGGCUCCAUGUGCGAUCUCAGGUCACGGGCGCCUGUGCGCCCUCAACGGCACAGAGUGCAGGGAAGGCUGGCAAGGUCCCAACAAUGGCAUCACCAACUUUGACAACUUCCUGUUUGCCAUGCUGACGGUGUUUCAGUGCAUCACCAUGGAGGGCUGGACGGACGUGCUGUACUGGAUGAAUGACGCUAUGGGCUUUGAGCUUCCAUGGGUGUACUUUGUCAGUCUUGUGAUCUUCGGCUCCUUUUUCGUUCUUAACCUGGUUUUGGGUGUGUUGAGCGGAGAGUUUUCCAAGGAGAGAGAAAAGGCCAAAGCGCGCGGAGACUUCCAGAAGCUGCGCGAGAAGCAGCAGCUGGAGGAGGAUCUGAAGGGUUACCUGGACUGGAUCACUCAGGCCGAGGACAUCGACCCGGACAACGAGGACGAGGCCGAAGAGGAGAGCAAACGCAACCGGGUGACUCUGGCUGACCUUACUGAGAAGAAGAAAGGAAGGUUUGGGUGGUUCAGCCAGUCGUCCGACACUCAUGCGAGUGUUCCAGCCAGUGAAACUGAGUCUGUCAACACAGAGAAUCAGAACGGGGAGGAUGAAAAAACGCCCUGCUGUGGAGCUUUGUGUCAAAAAAUUUCAAAGUCCAAGUUCAGUCGGCGCUGGCGCCGCUGGAACAGGUUCUGCCGCAGGAAGUGCCGGUUGGCCGUCAAAUCGGUGCCUUUCUAUUGGCUGGUCAUCAUCUUGGUGUUUCUCAACACCCUCACCAUCUCAUCAGAGCAUUACAAUCAGCCAAUGUGGCUGACACAAGUGCAGGAUGUAGCCAACAAAGUGUUGUUAGCGAUGUUCACGUGUGAGAUGUUGGUGAAGAUGUACAGUCUGGGCCUUCAGGCCUACUUCGUUUCACUGUUCAACCGAUUCGACUGCUUCGUGGUGUGCGGAGGAAUCACCGAAACCAUUCUGGUGGAAUUUGAAAUCAUGUCUCCUCUCGGUAUCUCCGUGUUCCGCUGUGUGCGUCUGCUGAGGAUCUUCAAGGUCACGCGUCACUGGCAGUCUCUGAGUAACCUGGUGGCGUCUCUGCUCAACUCCAUGAAGUCCAUCGCUUCCCUGCUGCUGCUGCUCUUCCUCUUCAUCAUCAUCUUCUCCCUGCUGGGCAUGCAGGUGUUCGGCGGGAAAUUCAACUUCGAUGAGACCCAGACCAAGCGCAGCACGUUUGACAACUUCCCCCAAGCUCUCCUGACUGUGUUUCAGAUCCUGACUGGAGAAGACUGGAACGCCGUGAUGUACGAUGGGAUCAUGGCGUACGGAGGUCCUUCGUCCUCCGGGAUGAUUGUGUGCUUUUACUUCAUCAUCCUCUUCAUCUGUGGAAACUAUAUCCUGCUGAACGUCUUCUUGGCCAUCGCUGUGGACAACUUGGCCGAUGCAGAGUCUCUCAACACGGACGACAGUGACAAGAAAGGGAGCAAAUUGGAUGAUGACAAAGAUGAUAAGGAGGAGGAGGAGGAGGACAACGAAGAUAUGGCGGUAGAAGACGAAGAUCCGGAGGUUCCAGCGGGGCCUAGGCCUGCCAUUUCUGACCUGGUGAAAAAGGAGAAGAUCACUCCGAUUCCAGAGGGAAGUUCCUUCUUCAUAUUCAGCAACACAAACCCGGUUCGCGUGUUUUGCCACAAACUCAUAAAUCACCACAUAUUCACCAACCUCAUUCUGGUGUUCAUCAUGCUCAGCUCUGUGUCUCUCGCCGCCGAAGAUCCCAUCCGGAACUUCUCCGCUCGCAACAUCAUACUUGGUUACUUUGACUAUGCUUUCACGGCUAUCUUUACUGUUGAGAUCGUGUUGAAGGUCCUAGGCUAUGCAGAUUAUGUCUUCACUAGUAUGUUUACAUUUGAGAUCAUAUUGAAGAUGACGACAUAUGGAGCCUUUCUGCAUAAAGGAGCGUUCUGUAGGAAUUACUUCAACCUCCUUGACCUGUUGGUCGUCGGAGUUUCCCUCGUCUCCUUUGGCAUUCAGUCCUCGGCCAUCUCCGUGGUGAAGAUCCUGAGGGUCCUCCGAGUUCUUCGGCCCCUGAGGGCCAUCAACAGAGCCAAAGGCCUGAAGCAUGUGGUGCAGUGUGUGUUUGUGGCCAUCAGAACCAUUGGUAACAUCAUGAUCGUCACCACUCUGCUCCAGUUCAUGUUUGCCUGUAUAGGGGUGCAGCUGUUUAAGGGAAAGUUCUAUCGCUGCACAGACGAAGCCAAGUCCACCCCAGAAGAGUGCAAGGGCACAUACAUUGUGUAUAAGGAUGGAGAUGUGAACCAGCCGUCUAUUCACAAACGACAUUGGCACAACAGUGACUUCAACUUUGACAACGUCCUCAUGGCCAUGAUGGCCCUGUUCACUGUGUCCACUUUUGAAGGCUGGCCUGCGUUACUGUACAAGGCCAUCGACUCCAACAGGGAGAACCUCGGUCCCAUUUACAACUACCGCGUGGAGAUUUCCAUCUUCUUCAUCAUCUACAUCAUCAUCAUUGCAUUUUUCAUGAUGAACAUCUUUGUAGGUUUUGUGAUCGUCACAUUUCAGGAACAAGGAGAGAAAGAGUACAAAAACUGUGAACUUGACAAGAACCAGCGUCAGUGUGUGGAGUACGCUCUGAAGGCUCGUCCUCUGAGGAGGUACAUACCUAAGAACCCGUACCAGUACAAGUUCUGGUACGUGGUGAACUCCACUGGAUUUGAGUACAUCAUGUUUGUGCUCAUCAUGCUCAACACGCUCUGCCUGGCUGUGCAGCACUACGGCCAGUCAGCGACGUUUAACUAUGUCAUGGACAUUCUCAACAUGGUCUUCACUGCUGUCUUCACUGUGGAAAUGGUUCUGAAACUCAUUGCAUUCAAACCCAGACACUAUUUCGCUGAUGCUUGGAACACAUUUGAUGCCUUAAUUGUUGUUGGUAGCGUCGUCGAUAUUGCUAUCACUGAAGUUAAUCCAACAGAGACACCUCAGGUGGAUGAGAUGGGGAACACAGAGGACAGCGCUCGCAUCUCCAUCACCUUCUUUCGUCUGUUUCGAGUCAUGCGGCUGGUGAAGCUCCUCAGCAGAGGGGAGGGCAUUCGCACGCUGCUGUGGACUUUCAUCAAAUCCUUCCAAGCCCUGCCGUAUGUCGCUCUCCUGAUAGCCAUGCUGUUCUUUAUCUACGCUGUUAUAGGCAUGCAGAUGUUUGGGAAGAUUGCAAUGGUGGACGGCACACACAUCAACAGAAACAAUAACUUCCAAACCUUCCCUCAGGCUGUGCUCCUCCUCUUCAGGUGUGCCACAGGAGAGGCGUGGCAGGAGAUCAUGUUGGCCUGCAUGCCUGGGAAACUGUGCGACCCCGAGUCCGACUACCAACCCGGGGAGGAGAUGACGUGUGGCAGCGGAUUUGCAAUUAUUUACUUCAUCACUUUCUACAUGCUCUGCGCAUUCUUGAUUAUCAAUUUGUUUGUGGCCGUCAUCAUGGACAACUUUGACUAUUUGACACGUGACUGGUCCAUCCUUGGUCCUCACCACCUUGAUGAAUUCAAGAGAAUCUGGUCUGAGUACGACCCGGAGGCCAAAGGCAGAAUUAAACACCUGGAUGUCGUGACACUCCUUCGACGUAUUCAGCCUCCCCUCGGCUUCGGCAAACUGUGUCCACACAGAGUGGCUUGCAAGAGACUGGUAGCCAUGAACAUGCCUCUGAACAGUGACGGCACCGUCAUGUUUAACGCCACUCUGUUUGCACUGGUGCGGACGGCCCUGAAAAUCAAAACAGAAGGUAAUCUAGAGCAGGCCAACGAAGAGCUGCGUGCUGUCAUCAAGAAAAUCUGGAAAAGAACCAGCAUGAAGCUUCUGGAUCAAGUGGUGCCUCCUGCUGGUGAUGAUGAGGUAACCGUGGGGAAGUUCUAUGCCACCUUCCUGAUACAGGACUACUUUAGGAAAUUCAAGAAACGUAAAGAGGAAGGCCUGGUGGGUGCUCACCCCUCCCAAAACAACACAGCCAUCGCAUUACAGGCUGGUCUUCGCACGCUGCAUGAUAUCGGCCCCGAAAUUCGCCGAGCGAUAUCAUGCGAUCUGCAAGAUGACGAACUAGUAGACUUUAUUCCAGAGGAAGACGAGGAAAUUUACAGGCGCAAUGGCGGCCUCUUUGGGAACCACCUCAUGAACGGCGGUCACCGGCGCUCCAACGGCCAUCAGACCAACGCCACGCAGCGCCCCCUGCAGGUGCAGCCUCCGCCUCACUACGCCCACAUGGAGCAGCCGGUGGGGCGCCUGUCUCGAGCCAACGCCAUGUCCCAUCCCAACCACCAUCACCACCACCACCACCACCACCAUAACCGACACCACAACUCCUACGGCAAGUCUCCCAAAUCCACCAACAUCAACCUCAACAACGCCAACGUGUCCACUCUGCCCAACGGAGGACACCAUCGCUACUACGAUCACGCGCCUCCCAACGGCUACCCAGGCCUACGCAACAACUACAACUAUGACUACGACAAGCCCCGCACACCACAGGGUCAAAGAAGGCGCUACUAUGAGACCUAUGUUAGGUCCCAGGGAGCAGAUGGACACCACCCCACCAUCCGCAGGGAGGAAGAGUUUGAUGAAGAUCGCUUGUCUGGAGAGUAUUACAGCGGGGAGGAGUUUUAUGAAGAUGACAGUAUGCUGUCGGGGGACAGGUAUCAGAACAGUGACGCCGAGUACGAGACCCCCAAAGGUUACCAUCACCCCGAGAGUUACUACGACGAUGACGAGCAGCCUCUCUACCGCGACUCACGGAGGUCGCCGAAGAGACGGCUGCUUCCUGCCACACCUCAAGCUUGUUCAGGUAACAGGAGGCCAUCCUUCAACUUUGAGUGUCUGCGUAGACAAAGUAGCCAAGACGAGCUUCCACAUCAGCGUACUGCUCUACCACUGCACCUUAUGCAGCACCAGGUGAUGGCUGUAGCAGGUCUGGACUCCAGCAGAGCCCACCGCCUCUCCCCGACACGCUCCACCCGCUCCUGGGCAACUCCUCCCGCCACCCCAGCGAGCAAAGACCAGUCGCCCUACUACACCCCCCUCAUCCGUGUGGACCACCCGCACAGGGAGAGCGCUGCGAGCAGCCAAGUGUCUGUGCGAAAGAGCUCCUGGUACACAGAUGACCCAGAGUUCUCCCAGAGGAUGUACUCACCUGUCCACCUGCAGGUGCCACCAGAAUAUCACAACCAGUACCACCAGAAGAGAGGCAGCGCCACCAGCCUUGUGGAAGCGGUUUUGAUAUCUGAGGGGCUCGGGAGAUUUGCCAAGGAUCCCAAGUUUGUCGCUGCCACAAAGCACGAGAUCGCAGACGCGUGCGAGAUGACGAUAGACGAGAUGGAGAGCGCAGCCAGCCACCUGCUGAACGGAGGGAUCACCCGGGGGGUCAACGGAGUCACCGUGUUCCCCAUUUUGACUCCGAGAGACUACGAGCUGCAGGACACUGCAGCCAGCUACAGCGACGAGGAGCCCGAGACGGAACAUCGAGCUUCUUACGAGGAGGACCUGGCAGACGAGAUGAUCUGCAUCACGACUUUAUAGCAGUAGCUGGAGAAUUCUGCAAAAUUAGAACCCUUGUCAGACUCAAACCUAUGAAAACAAAAAAAAAAGUAAUGCAUCUGUUGGCUCCAACCAAAAGAAGUGCCUUUUACCUUGAAGAGAAAAGGCAUAUGGAAGAAAGACACAUUAGUCCCGUUCAUUGAAUUGUUCUCCACCUGCCAGUGAGAGGAGGUCACUGAGACUGACUGAAACCUCUUUUGUCAAAGGCCUUGAACCUGGAGUUGACACGCGGGGGUUCAACCGACAGCCAAUCACAGGCCAGGACAAUGAUGCCAGCGAGAGAUGGACCAGUUGGCAAAGGUGUGAGAGACAGUACAAGGGCGGUUCUUUCAGGGUGAUGACAAUCAGAUGUACGAUGUCAUUACCUCAGUCACUUUAUUAAGGUUCAGCAUAUCAUGCAAGUUUUCAAUGCAAGCAUAGAAAGUCAUAUCUCCUCCCGUAGUCGCUGCAGACUCGAUCCCUCUGUGCUCGGUGAACAGAUUGAGUGGAAAAGGUGAAAAAAACGCCAGUGGAGUUGUUACCAGAUUAUGCAGGAACUCACUGUCCUACUUCUUAGCGUCGUUCAACUUGAGAUAUGUACUUUUAAAGCGUCAAAAAACAUUUGUGAUAAAUGCACUAGCAGGCAGGUUAUUUUAAAUUUAAGAAUAUCCUGAUUAAUAUUUCAUAGUUGAUAUGCUGUAAAUUGUACAAUACGACAAAAGAAACUUUGUAAAGAGAUACUCUAUAUUUUGUAAUUAUGUAUAAUUUAAAAGAUCAGCAAUAUGGACCCUUGUGACAACACAAAUAUGCUCUAAAAAGCAGAUUUUCAUCCUAUUAAGCACGAUAUUAUGACAUUUGUUUGCCGUUUUCUUUUUUGUUUCUUUUGCUAAUAUGCACCCCUUUCCUUUGCCCAUGGAACAGCGCUUUAAGGGGUUCCGCUUUUGUGACGACACUGCUGCGCACGAUAUGCAAACGGAUUUGUUUUCUCAGCAUAGGAGCACACGUGUGACUUCGUUAAAACCCAAAAACACCAGUUGCGUAAGGUUACGCCCCCCCCCCCCCUUUAAACAAGCAUUUUACGAAGGCGAGCUUCAAACGAUCCAGUGCCCAAAUUUCCACACAGAUGUGAGCGUCACAUGUGUCUGCAGGUUUUGUGCAUGCACAGGAAUUUAAUGCUGCUUUUCCUCGUUGGUUUUCAGAGUCAAACCUUGGUUUUCGGCGGCCCCAACUAAAAAAAUGCCUUUUUUUGGUGCUGAAAGAAAGAAAGAAAAGUGAUGAUGGUAAUAACAGGGACAAAUGAAUACUUUAGUCUUUAGUUUGUGCUAUAGGAUUUUCCACGGUGUUUGAAACUUAAGUCUUCGUGUUUGUGUGCGAGAGCUCGCAGUCUGUGUUGGCAGGAGACAAAAAUGCACACAUCCUAAGGUCCCAAACAGCCCAAAAUGUGUGUUGUAGGUGGAAGGACGGAGGUUUUCCUGGAGUCAGGAUGCUGGAGAGAGGCUAAGCAAUACUAACCCCCCUCUUCCCCCAACCCCCUCUCUCUCUCAGCCGGCCUGGUCCCUGCAUACAGUUUACCUCGUAAGGCAAAGGUGACAACAUAUCAUUGUUUCAACCUAUGUGUCUGCUCACUGUGGAGUGAAAGUAAUUAAGAGAAGGGUUGAACCUGGACUUUGUGUUUUUAAGUUUAUUAAACAAGAGGGAAAACGAAAAAAGGAGCAACUGAUGCCCACAAGUUUGGAAUAGUAAAAAAAAAACACACACACACACACACACACAAAAUAGUUUGUUUUCUAGGUUAUCAGUUAUUGAUCUAUCACGAUAAAGAGAAUGGACAGAAAUGGCCAGGGAUGUUUAGGGUUAAUGUGAUGUUGUUGUUGUUGUUGUCGUUGUUCAUGAUUUGGAAGGCGAGUGCGUAUUGUUCUCUAACUGAACCGAAUACUGUCAUGAAAAAAAUGUUUUAAGGUUUUCCAUUUUGUGUGCACACUGAAAGGGCUCUUUGAAUUGUUUGUGAGUUUUGAGAAAAAAAAAACAGAAAAAAAAAACAGUGCACUAGUCCUUGUCGAUGACUCGUCACACAUGAGAGGACCAAUGCACACAACAGGCACAUUGUACUAUUCGUAGCAAUUACAGUACUGAUGAACUGAAGAUAUGCAUUAUUUUGUAAAACACUUUUAAAAAGUCGUGUUAAACUAAAGAUGAAAAGAACUUACUUUUACCUCACGUCAGGGAUUCCUGAGAGAAAAUAAAAAAAGAAAAUAGGGAUUUGGUUGAGUCGAAACCAACGGUAUUUAAAUAUUAGCACAUUAGCUGUUUGUCUUUGCACAAGUAACUGUAUAGUGCUUUUGUUUCUCUUUUUUCUAAAACAGAUUUGUGUAUUAAGGUGAGACAAUUUUGUACUUUUUGUGACCGUGUGUAUGGUUUAGUGGAAUCUAUAUUUGUCAUUUACAACUUACAAUGCUGGGAAUGAAAGAGUAUUAAAGAUAUUUUCAAGGUUCUCUGCUCCUCUGUUGGCGGGUAGGAAAAAAAAUAAAAGUCAACAGAGAGACACUUAUUGAUUUGACUAUUUUAUCAGUUUUCUUCACAUUGUUAUCAUCAUUAUUAUGAUCAUUAUUAUUAUUAUUACUAUACAACUAUUAAUGUUCUGAAAGCUGUAUUUAAAUAGAAGAUAAUGUAAAAUAUGUACAAAUGUAUGGAAAGGCCCAUGGUAAUGUUCUCUACUUGAAAGUCUUGAUAUUUGCUCCUUAAUGUUUAUAUUCAUAAUUUAUCUUAGUAGCAAAUGCUUUACUAUAGGUUUUGUAUAAAUACAUUUUUUUAUUUUAUUUUGGCCUUGACUUUAUUUGAAUCAAUACUGAAAUUUUAUUUUCUAUUGAUCAUCAUUGAAUAAACUUAUGCUGAACUAC